AUGGCAUCACUGUGUCAUUGUCGUCUGGAGUACAAAUACAAAGAUGGCACUCUCUAUGUGAUGGACAAUUAUAAAGGUAGCAGUGAUUCAGACCAAGAUGUUAAAGGGAAGUCUCGCAAAUCCAAGAAGUCAAAACGCCGAAUCGAAAGGGAAUCUUCAGAGUCUUCCAGUGACUCACAAUCUGACUCAGAGUCUGAUGGAGAAGAAUUCCAGAGGAAAAGAGAAAGAAGUAGAAGUGGUGGUCAGCAUCAUGAUGACAGACAUAGACGUGACAUGACGCUUUCCCAUCCUAGGAGUUCUCAUAAUAACGCCAGGCGAGAUCCUCAAGGGAGACAAUCUGUAGAGAAGUAUGGAAAACACCGAAGAAAUUCAUCUUCAAAUGAGACAAGAGAGCGAGGGCGGGACAAAAGGUAUGCUGAGGAAACGGCCAGAGACAAAAAGCAGAGAAGAGAUUCUGUGGAGAAAUCCAGAAGGCAAGGGAGGGAUUCUAGUUCUUUUGAAAAUCCAAGGCAGUCACGUAAGGACUCAGUUGAAAUUCCCAGAAGGAAAAAAAGGGACUCUAGUUCUGUUGAAAAAUCCAGAAAGCAACAGAGGGAUUCCAGCUCUGUUGAAAAAUCCAGAAGGCAGCGGAGGGAUUCCAGCUCUGUUGAAAAAUCCAGAAGGCAACAGAGGGAUUCCAGCUCUGUUGAAAAAUCCAGAAGGCAACGGAGGGAUUCCAGCUCUGUUGAAAAACCCAGAAGGCAGCAAAGAGAUUCCAGCUCUGUUGAAAAACCUAGAAGGCAACGACGGGACUCAGACUCUUCUAUUGAUAGGGGCGUUAAGCAAGCGAGACAAGACAGGAGACAGAGAGAGAAGCGUAAACGGGACUCUGAUAGUAGUGACAGUGAACAUGAUAUGUCUAGAAAAAUUAACAGUUAUGCCAAAAAUCAGCAAAAGUACAAACCAAGGCGAUCUCCUCAAUCUAGCCCAGCUCGUAAUGGACGUUCAAGGUAUAGAAGUCGUAGCAGAUAAGUCUUUUCAAAUUUGAGCCAAUAUCGUUUUGAAAAAUCAACUAUCUAUUAAUUUUGUGAAAUGACAUGUUUAUUUUUCUUCUAUUUUUAAACCCUGUUUUAAGUUUGAAUUGUUCUAAAUUUUAAAAUUUGAACAUGAUUUGUUUUUCUGUAUGUAAUGGUAUCCUUCAGUAUUGUAUUUUGUCAGUGUGUCUAAAAUGAGAUCAUUUUUUAGUUUGAGAUUGGACAUAUUUUUAGUUUGAAGUAUAUGAAGCAUAUUGAUGCAGCCAAGAAAUGUUGUUUGUCGGUUCUUGUAUAGUGCAUGCUGUGAGAUACAGGGCACAGUGCUUUUAACACUAUGAAGACAUCUGUUAAUAGGUUAUAUUAUCCAACUUUAUCAGACCAAAGACUUCAUCUAAGACAAUGCUUAAAUGCUCAUGUAGAAUCUACAUCUGUGGGUGGCGUCACUUCAGUUCAAGGCACAGUGGAGCAGAUCUGUGAAAUAUGUUCAUAUACUGAGUGCGUGUGUACUUACAUCACAAUGACAUUCUUUAUCGAAACGGAAUUGUAGUAC